UUCAGUUGAUUUAGUAGGCUAUGUUUUAUUGGAAUGAUUGUGAAACCACAAACAGGACGGCAAAAUUAUUUCCACUCGAACAGAUGAUGAAGUGGAUUGUCUUAUUGAGAGAAUAUCCGACACUGACAGUGUUGAGAAAGCUGAGAAACUCUAUUCAUUAUGAUAGUAUCAUACCGGGCCCAUAUCUCUCGGGGAACUUCGUUUCUUGUGUCUUAUCCUGGGAUACAGAAGCGACAUGUCUUGACUAUCUGGGAUUUCCUUGGUUUCUUCAACGUCUACUGUCUGCGGGUCAAUCUCAGUGUGGCCCUUGUUGCCAUGGUGAAUAACACAGACUCACCAAAGAAUGACUCUCAAAAUACUGAAUGUGUUGGACCUAAUGAUACGACAACAAAACACUUGUCGGGAGAGUUCCCCUGGAACGAGGAGACUCAAGGCUGGGUUCUUGGCGCCUUCUUCUACGGUUACAUCAUCACACAGAUCCCAGGUGGCUAUCUGGCAGUCACAUUUGGGGCAAAACGUCUCUUCGCCUACGGAAUUCUCUGUAUGUCAGUCUUAACACUUCUGACACCAGUGGCAGCCAGACUUCACCUUGGUGUAUUGAUAGCACUGAGAGUUGUGGAGGGAUUGGGAGAGGGAGUAACAUUUGCGUGCAUGCAAUGUGGGGUAACUGGGCCCCUGUGUGGGGACGAAGCAAAUUAACAGGUUUUGCUUAUGCAGG